UAUCAUGAAAUACCAUAUUUUCAAACAAAAAUGUAUAAAAAUUACAUUUUUUCAGUGAUAACUGUUUUAAUUUAUUCAUUCAUACAAAUAGGACAGUGCACGCACUUGAAAGGAUCCUUCAAAUCUAACGAUUUUUUUAAAUUUUUGAUAAAGUUCGGGUUUCAAAAGACUGAUCAUCAUCAAGCAGAAGCAACCCAUGGAUACAUAUUUGGAAAUAUCACUUCCAAAAAUUCCUUCGUGUAUCCUAUUACUUUUGCUGUUCUGGAUAGAUCGUAUUUCUUAGAUUACUACAAGAACAGGGGCAUAUAUAACAGAAAUGAAGCUUGCAGACGAAUGUUUCAUACUUUGAAAACUAGGACUUAUGAUAGUAAAUGUAGUGUUGAUGGGAAAGAUUAUCUAAGAAAGGUACCAUGUCCUGAAGGGAAACUUUGUGAAGAUGAAGACAAUCCAUGGAAUGUUGUUAGCGGUCAUCAAUUCACUUAUGUCAUACAAGACUUUAAGCAACCAUCUUUUUGGUAUGUUUCUAUGGUGGCUUGUUUUCAUAAUGCCACCUCUUGUGAAUGGCAAGAAUAUAAAAGCUACACACCAUAUGAAAUAGAAUAUGAUAUUUGGCUUGUGAAUGGAAACCCAAACAACUCUGCUUAUAGUACACUCACGUAUCAAUUCUCUUUUGAUAGACAGAAUACAUUAGAACUCUACAUUUUGUUUUGGUUGUGCUACAUGGUCCUUGUGCCCCUUCAGUGUCAUGCAGUGAAAACUCAAAAACAUCCAGUUACAAGAUUAUUUACUGCUAGUUUGUUAUUGGAUUUUGUAGCCUUGUGUUUAAUCCUAAUUCAUACUCUAAAAUUCGCUUUGGAUGGAGAAGGGUUUCCAAAAAUGGCAAUGACCGGAGAUAUUUUCGACAUUUUAUCCAGGACCUCGUUUAUGCUUCUGCUUCUUUUACUAGCCAAAGGGUGGGCUGUCACUCGUCUUGAAUUAACUUGGAAACCACUAGUUUUUGCCAUAUGGCUGGGAUAUGGAAUUGUACAUAUAUUACUAUAUGUUUGGAAUUUGACUGAAGUUGAUAUAAUUGAAGAUAUAGAUGAAUAUCAGACGUGGCCAGGAUGGUUAAUAAUAGUGUUCAGAUCGUUGAUAAUGGUUUGGUUCUUGUAUGAACUACGCACAACAAUGUUGUAUGAACAUAACACACAAAAACUGAAUUUCUUGUUGCAUUUUGGUGCCUCAAGCUUAGUUUGGUUCAUCUACUUGCCUAUUUUAGCUCUGAUUGCUCUUCAUGUUUCUGCUCUAUGGAGGUUCAAACUAUUAUUAGGUAUAACUUACUCAGCAGACUGCUUUGCCUACUGUGUUAUGGCUCACUUAUUAUGGCCAACACGUUCUGAGCAGUAUUUCCUUCUGAAAGGGCCUUCAUCGGCCGACCUAGAAGAACUAGAUGAAUUCAACGAAGCUCCUCACAUUGUGAACAACUCCUACACUUCUAUGAGUAGCAUAAAUUCCUAUGAGAUCUGUAAAUAUGAUGAUCCGCAGAAAACCAAACUCAUCAAUGCUUAGGCUGCACAAUGAGCUUAUGAUAUUCUUAUGAAAAAUUGGUACUGUAGGUUUAGAUUAAGAUAAAAGUGUGUUUGUGUAGGUAAGAUGUUGGUGUCUUAAAUGACGCAAUGUGUUAUUAGUUUUUUAAUAUUUAAUUGUAUGAAUCUGAGAGAAAAUGUUAUUUUUAAAUCUUUUAUAUAUGUAACAAUUUGAAAGUGCUUGUAUGCUUUAAGUAAUUGAGUUUAUUCCAGUUGGAAAAAUAUUAGGUUUGUUUUGGGUAAUUGUGCUUGUUGAGUGAAUAUUUUAUUCUUUGUAUCAUUUUUUAAAUGGAUCUCUCACUAGUACAUCUUAGCCAAUAAAACCUGUGAUAUAAAUAAUUCACAGCAUCUCCAUACAUGACAUCAGAAUCAGGUCAAUUUCUAAAAAUCUAAAGUUGAGAAAUUCAUGAUGUGAACCACUGAAACCUAUUUUGUUUUCAGAUAGAUUAAAUUACAAGUCCCUGAUAAACUAUGAAUGUGAUACAAGUCAAUUCAUUUUUUUUUAUAUCUAAAGCAGUGGUGUGCUGUUCUUACCUUAAGCUUUCAUAGUUCACUUGACAAGCUGUGUGAAAAUUCAUUGGCAGAUAUUCUUGACUGAUAUUGAAAUGAUAAAUGCUUUUCCUCACUUUGCAUGAAGUAGACUCAUACUCUAAUUUUGAUGAAUCCCAUAGUAUUUCCACUGUUUUUCCGUCCAUACAUUUUGUAUAAGUUGUAUCAGGAUAUAUCACAAUAGGUUCAGUAUCAUGAAUAUUUGUCCAAGUUAUGUAGUGAAAAUUUCGAAACUAAUAAACUGAAAACUAAAACUUUGACAGUGUAAAACAAAGUUGGUCAAACAUUUUCCAUGCAAAAAGUAAUAUUACGAAGUGAUAGAUUUCACCUCUCACUAUGGAUGAGAUUAACCCUAUUACAUAUUUUUUGUGGUAAAAAAAAAUUACCUCAGGAAGGAAUCAAUGUUAUCAUAAUUGGGAAAUAUUUAUCCUAGAAAAUCAAGUUAUUGGUACAUCUGAACGGUAUUUAUACAUUACCAGGUACCAAUAUUUAUUUUAUUUAUCUGAAGUAAAAUAAAAACUAGAAUUGAAUUAAUCAAAUGGAAAGAUAUGAAAAAAUUUGUUCCCCCGAAAUUGCAAGUCAAUUAAUUAUUGAACCAUUUUUACCACACAGUAUUGCAUUCUAAGUUUCUUCUCUGUGACAAAUUUUGUUCAUUCCAGCAGAAAAAACUUACGCAUGAAAGGAAAUUCAGAUCCUUUCUGCUGAAUUUGUAUUUUCAACUAUAUUAAUUAUCAUAUUCUACACUUUUCCGUAAUGAUAUAGAUUUCCUAAUUUUUUAUUUGCUUUAAGUUUUGUAUUGCUCAAAAAGGGUAUGUGAUGAAUUAUAGUUUUUAUAUUAGUUUUUUUAUGAUUUUAAUAUAUAUUUGUAACCUUUUUUCCUUUAAACAUGUAAAAUGAGUGGUAAUUUGUGCCAAGGUAAAUAAUUACCUCAUAAUUGGGGAAUUUAACAUUAUGUGUACCUACUUGUUACUUAUCAAUAGUCUUUGCAUUUAUGAAUUACAAAACCUUUUUUUUACUGGUGAUUUUUCACAAAAAAGCGUUUUAAGAAUAGAGUUUACAAGUUUUAAAAAAUAAAUCCUCGUUCUGAUGAAUAAUGUCAUUUUUGAAUUAGUUCGUUAGUUUUUCCCCCAUGAUGAUUUAAUCAUUUCAAUAGAUAAUUGAAUGAAAUUGACUGACAAAAUUUUAUGUCUCAGAUAGAAUUGAAAAUUUAAGAAAUGAAAGAAGAUGGAAGCUGAAUUUUCAUCAGUUUUCUAAAUGUAUAUUGAUUAUUUUUUAUUCUCUAGACACAAUUGUGUGUGGUGGGUUAGUAAUAAUUAUUCUCGAAAUUGCUUCUAAGUUUAGGUACCCUUCAGUUAAUUUAUCUUACAUAGAUAUUAGUUCUAUCAAUAUCUGAUCUUUCACCGUCAUAUUUGCAAAACAUGUUUUGCUUCAGAAGUUUACUAUCACACACUUAUAAUUUUUGUACAUAAUACAUGCUGCUUUAGUGCAUCUCACUUAGGUUGACACAUUCCAUUCAUAGUGUCCAUAAUUUUAUCUGUCCGUAUAAAAUAUAUUUCUCCGUUAACCACUUAUGAAUAUGCUGAUCCAUUAUCUUAUGAAAAUUAAUAAUAACAGUAUCCAUGAUAAUGAUUGAAUAAUUUUUACAAUUUUUUUUCAAUUCUAGAAUGCGUUUCUCUUACACCUUAGCUUUAUUGCUAGUAAUAAAUAAUACACAUUGGGCUACAAUUCUUAUAUACAACAGUAAGUUUCCUGACUAAAUUGGUUAAUAGUAAAUGAGAUAAUAGGUAUAAUUUUUAAAACAAAUUACAAUCUCGGUUUUUGGACAGUACGUAAAUUUUCAAUAUGAAUAAAUGUAAUGGCAAAGAAAAUUGUCAUUAAUUUUUUUUCAACAGCACUUUGUGAAGGAACUAAUUCCAUACUUAUUAAUAAAGCAAAAGUAAUAGUAAAUUUUUGGUUUAUGGCAAAUUUAAUCUCAUGAAAUUGAAUACUGAAACUAAAAAAAAACAAGACUGAUAAUGAAAUUUACGAGUUUGAUAAUUACAUAUUUUCAUUUACAAAAAUGUAUUUCCAUUUAGUACAGAGUGUUUGACAGCUAACUUUGAGCUAGGCCUAAAUAUGUGUCUUUUCCUCAUUUUUGUUUUGCAUAAUCAAACACUAACAAAAGAAUGGACAUCGAACAUCGGUGACCAAUGAUUGAUUGAUGCAAACCAUCGAAACAAUCAAAUGAAAUUAAAGCUUACAGAUAUUUCAAAACACGAGAUCUUCGCUAGAAAUAAUAAUAGCACCUACUUUGUUUGAUGCAAAAUAUGAAUAACUACAAAAAUCCUUUUUCUCUCCCAUUUUGAUUGCAAUGUUCUUACUGACAAAGAGGAAAGAGAUAUUGACCUCACAUAUAUGUUAUUUGAGGUAGAAGAUACCUUAUGGAGAUAGACGAUUUUUGAUUUUUCAAAUAUAUUUCUUAUUGUUUUUUUUUUUCAAUUUGUUUCUUGAAUACUAGAAAGGGAAGGUUUUGAAAGUGAUAUUCUUUGGGAUUAGUACAAUUGUGUAAAUCUGUUUUUGAUUCGACAUGUACCAAAAAUACAGUGUAUUUUGCGUUAUUUGCUCGGCUUGAGUAAUUUAUGAGGAAGAAAUGUAAAUAAUUAAUGGUAUUUAUCAAAACGUAUUUUUGUGAAAAAUUACCAUUAUUCUCAAUUUAAAAAUAUUUCUAAUAUUAUAUUACAUACGUAAUCCAAUUAAUACACCUAAUUGUCUCAAUUUAGAUGAAGUUGGAGGAUUGUCCUUAAAAUACAUUUACAAUGUUUACUUUUAUUUUUCGUUUUAACAUAUUUUCUAGUGAAUAUAAAAUAUUUUUCAUUUUUAUUUCUUUUCAUUUUAUCAUUCUCAACUUCAUCUAGACUAUAUAAUCUGCACAUUUGUUAAAUUAUAUUUUAUAUUAUCCAAUAAAAUAUUUCUCGAUAUGUUCGCA